AUGAAGAGCAUUGUCUCCUUGAUCCUCUGCGGCUUUGUCGCUUCGGCGUCGAGUCUCUCGUUAAACCCUUCAUCAACUAUUGCCGCUCUCUCCACUUCCUCUGCUUCUCCCUGCGCAGGAAACACUGCCAACAACCGCCAACAAUGGUGUGACUAUAACAUCAACACCGACUAUACCUCCGUCGUCCCUGAUACAGGCGUCACCCGCGAGUACUACUUCAACCUGGAGAAAGUCACCGUCGCCCCCGAUGGACGAUCCCGGUUUGCGCUGGCUAUCAACGGCUCCAUCCCCGGUCCAACCAUCGAGGCAGACUGGGGUGACUGGGUCGUGGUGCACGUCACCAAUUCCCUCCCUGACACGGUCAAGAACGGCACCAGCGUUCACUUCCACGGUAUCCGGCAGUACCACACCAACCCUAAUGACGGGGUGGUGUCUAUCACGCAGUGCCCAACAGCCCCUAACAACACAAUCACCUACAAAUGGCGCGCCAUGCAGUACGGCACGACCUGGUACCAUUCUCAUAUCGGGUUGCAAGCCUGGGAGGGACUCUUCGGAGGCAUCGUCAUCAAUGGACCGGCAAGUGCCAACUACGAUGAGGACAAGGGCGUCAUCAUCAUGAAUGACUGGGACAUCAACACGGUUGAUGAACUAUAUGCCACCGCGCAAAGUGAUGGCCCGCCCACCCUCGAUAGUGCCCUGAUCAAUGGUACCAAUGUCUUUGGUCAGGAUGGCUAUGUCAAUCAGACUGGAUAUCGGUUCAACACGUCCUUUACUGAGGGGACGUCGUAUCGACUCCGUCUGGUGAAUGCGGCCUGCGAUACGCAUUUCAAGUUCAUGAUUGAUAACCAUACUCUGACGGUGAUGGCUGCUGACCUGGUCCCGAUUGAGCCAUACAACACUUCUGUUCUGAACAUUGCCAUGGGCCAACGCUACGACGUCGUCGUCCACGCCAACAAAGCCUCAAUAGCAGAAAACUUCUGGCUCCGCGCAAUCCCCCAAACCGCUUGCUCCGACAACCUCAAUCCCCAAAAUAUCAAAGGAAUAAUCUACUACGGCGACUCCCCCUCCACCCCCAACACAACCGAACACAGCUACACCGACAGCUGCGAAGACGAAUCCAUGUCCAAUCUCGUCCCCAUCAUCUCCGAAACCCUCCCCAGCACCCCCUUCUACAAUAAAAGCGAACCCGUCUCGCUAGGAACAAACUCCCAAAGCCUCUACCGCUGGAAACUAAACAGCACAUCCAUGCACGUCGACUGGACAGACCCUACCCUCCUCGAAAUCUACCGCGGCCACCACUCCUUCGCCAAUACCAGCGGUGUCGUGCAGCUGCCGCGCGCAAACCAGUGGACCUACGUCAUCAUCGAGACGACCCUCUCCGUGCCCCACCCGAUUCAUCUACACGGGCACGACUUUAUCGUUGUCGCGCAGGGUUCGGGCACGUAUGACGGCUCCGGAACCUCGUUGGCGAACCCGCCUAAGCGAGAUACGGCCAUGUUGCCCGAGAACGGACACCUGGUGGUGGCGUUCAAGACGGAUAACCCCGGGGCUUGGUUGAUGCAUUGCCAUAUUGGGUGGCAUACGGAGGAAGGGUUCGCGAUUCAGUUCGUGGAACGGUAUUCGGAGAUUCAGGACUUGAUUGAUAAUACUUCGCUCAAGUCGAAUUGUGAGUCGUGGGAGGAGUAUCAGGAUGAGAAUGAUGUUGACGAGGAUGAUUCGGGGGUGUAG